AUGGAACUGACCAAUGGAACACUAUUAGGUAAGCACGCUUGUUGUUUUAUUUAAUUUUUAAUUUUUUUUAAGUAAAAGUAAAAUAAUAUUUUGCAAAUACAAACUUUUGUACUCCAGGACCCUCAAAUUGAACUUGGAACGUCUAAGAACCUUAAAUUUUGUAUCCUAAAUGACUAACAUAAUCCGGCGGUUUAGCGCACUCAAUUGUUACUUUUAGACCUUUUCCAAUGACUGAUUUUCGCCGGGCAUCAGUGACGGAGACAUUUCUGUGAAGCUUACAAUGCGCAUAGAUAUUACUUGAUUUAUACGCGGAGAUCUUGCCAUAUACAGAAAGUAAAAAUCAACGAUUCCUGAUGGAAAGUCGCGCGUAUUAGAAAACCGUCGCGAAGGAUCUGGCGUAGUUAAAAAGGCAUAAUUAUUGAACAAAAUACUUCCCACUGACAGUUGAAAAGUAAUCCACUUGAUUCAUUUAAUUUGAAGAUUCAGAAAAAAAAAUCUAUAAGAACAAUAGACAAGAAAAUAGAACGUAUUUGGUUAUUAGCUUCUGAGCUGCUGUUGAACAGUGAUGAAAGGAAAUCAAACUACAGGAGGUUAACAUGCUUUGCCAAAACUACAGCCUAGUUGCAUUAAUUCUUCAAAGGCUCGCUAAUCUGGUGUCAUCAACUUACAGCAGAUCCUGUAAUGAAACUUUGUGCACUUUUAAGCCGAAUGAAUACAUUUAUUCAAUAAACGUGAUAAUGGAUAAGUUCGGUUGUAUGUGGAAUUGACAGGCACCAAUUUUUUUGUAAUAAAAAUGCAAAUCGGCAUUUCCUGCACCUGUUUGUCAAAACACGGCUUUCUUUCAGUUUUCCUCACGGUAAACACUUGUGUUUGGAAGACGCCAUCACUGACAUGCUAUUCAGGGCCCUUCAGGACGACCUCCUGGCUCAAAUAAAUAUAAUUAUAUAAAUAUAUCAAAUCACCAUUUUUUUAUUUCACUGUGAUUGCAGUGUGAAAAAUAUGAUCUCCAAUUUUGUCCUUUUUGUCGAAGUCUUUUUCGAUACGUGCUUUAGGUCAUUGGGUUUUCCUUUUACAUCACUACCUAUCAUUUCAAAGUUGAUUUUCAACUUCUUAUUUUAUUCCCUGGGUGAAAGUCACUUGUGAAAUCAAAUCCUCAUAUCAAUCUUUUUCUUUUAUAGACGCAGUUUGAUAGCCUCAUUUGACGCAGCAAAAAUUGAGAAUCUAAGAACACAUAGCCCUGAGUCGCAAUCCUCGCUGUCUUAUUUACUCAUGCAGUUGGUUAAAAUUGGUCGAUCCGCAGUUUUUAAAUAUCCGAUUUUAUUCUGGAAAUGCUGAAAAUUGGUCUAAGUUAAUUACAGUAAUUCAGGCCUUUUUUUCAUGAUCACUUUAUCCACGCACAAUGGUAAUUUUUUCUCCUUGUAGACUAACGUGCAAAUUGUUUAGUGCUAUUUGCAUCUAUUAGUAUAUUCCACCUUCAAACAAGUAGCAAUGCUUUGCUGUCUUCAUAAGAGUCAUUUAAUGAACAAAGUAAAUGUACGUCAUUAUACGUCAUGAGUCAUCCCCUCCAAAUCACUGCUUUAGUUACUUCAGUAUUUUAUGGUGAGUUAAGGUCAAGAAUAGGAUGAAUCUUAGCACUGUCAUAGGAAUAUUAUUAUUAAGAGAUGAGGUUUCGUUUCAACAUGUUCAGUUAACAAAAAAUUCAAAUAUAUCGUUCCCCUAACAACGAAAUAGUUCAUUGGUCGCUAAAUUGGCUAAAUUUCUGCAAGUUUAUCUCCGCUCCGCGAGGCCAUAAUAGUGAAUUUUAAACAGGACAAAUGGACCUUUGAUAUUAAGGUGACGCCUUUGAAAAGACAAGGUCUGACGUUUGUCUGUUCAAGUCUGAUAAUCAAAAAUGGUUAUACAUGUGUCACUUAAGGAUGCUCUCUUUAGAAAACUUCAUUAAUGAUUCACCAAGGAAGUCCAGAAAAGAAGGGAAAUAAGUAUCCUUAAAUCUCAUUUCAAAAAACCUGAUUUUGAUUAUCAUUUUUAAUCUUACUACUUUUACAUUUUACAGUGACGUUUUUAAGCUAUUAUUUGGACUCGCUGUGUUUUUAAAGCAUGCUUAAAGAAAACAAUUUCACCUUGAUAAACACCUUUUUCUCGUUUACAUAAAAAAUCUUUCCGCAGGUAGACGAGUUUCGGAGUGGUGAAUACUUUGAACCCACGUGUCAUUUCAUAAGUAGGUGGAAUAUGAGUGUAAUAAUAUGAGUGGAGUAUGGAUGAGUGUAACUCUGAAUACGAACGUUUGACGGUGGUCAUCUAUAGAGUCAAAGUGAGUGUUCAACUUACCUUGUCUCUGAAGAUGACUAGUGUCAACAACAGUCCUAUUGAGGACUACACUCACCCGGACGAUCAUAUUUCACCUACCUUAAUGUUAUAUGCACAGCAUUCAUGGAAAAUAGGUCUAGUUUAGUGCAAUUAUGAGUAGUGUUAGUAUUAUUACUGAACAUACUUUAUAGAUACGUAUUAAUUGUUAUUAGAAAUUAUUAUGUUGUUGUAUUUUAUAUUGUACCGAACUGAUGAAUUCUUUACCGUGUUAGUAAGUAAAGAUUUCAUUGAUUGAUUUGAAUGACCUGUGAGUGAAGAUUAUUUGAAAUAGGCUUGGCUACAGAGUCUUAAUAGCGCGGACUCACUAAUUGACAGAUCAUGAACUCCUUUGUUGAACAGUAAACGGAAAUUUUAUAGUAAAUGAAAAUAAUAUUACUUUGUUCUAUCCUUUUACCUGCACCCACUCAUACUAAUACUGUCAUGACGUCAUAGAUAUCUUCAUCAUAGAUUGGCUUACAUUACUACGAAAGAGAAUCUUCUUUAUGAUACACACUUAUUUAUCAUGAGACUCUCAUAGCGAUUCAUAAUUUUACUUUCACUGCUCCUUUGGUACUGUUUUUUUUUUUACUUUUAGGCGAGACUCAAGCAUCACUAACGAAAGCUUUAAUUUUAUAACUUAAGUCUUGCGAGGUUACCUGCACCGGCCGUACUUCCCUAAGCAUUAUUCUCCUUAGUAUAGUGCUUGUGUUUGAACAUUACUCUCUGUUUCGUUUACUAGGGCGUUUGAUAAUGUUUGUGGUGAUUUGAACGAGAUAAAAAGAAAAGCCUAAUCGGUAUUUUUUUUCACUCCGUUAAUUUUUGUCCUUUUUCAGAGUCUCCAUUAAAAGACACAAAAAACUCUUCAGCAGCUAUAGAAACUGAAAGUGAGCGUCAAGCCUCAAACUGGGAGAUGAGUUACAAUCCUGUUCUUCCUUGGGUCAUUGCCUAUUCAGUAGUUGCUCUAGCAAUUCUUCUUGGGAAUGGCCUUGUAAUCAUAUCAUUUGGAACAAAGAGAGUCCUUCGAACUCACACGAACUUCUUCAUCGUUUCAUUGGCUGCCACUGAUUGUUUUGUUGGAAUUAUUUCAAUUCCAUGGUGGGUUGUACUACUGACUGUGAGUCGCCAGCAUGGAACUGAUUGGUAUAUAUUUCUGCAUGACAUCUGGGUAAUAUUUGAUAUCUUGGGUGGUGUUGGCUCAAUACUGCAUCUUGUCGCCUUAAGCUGGGACAGACUUUGUGCCAUCGUUUGGCCUUUGAGACAUCGCAUCUACAGCACUAAACGAUACUUGUUUGUCUUGUUGUUGAUUUGGUCCUUAGCGAUACCAGUCGCCAUCUGUUCCAAACCAGGAAUGAAAUCAGCACCGAAGGCGUACAACAUAACUGUUAUUGUACUCUUUUUCUUUGUUCCACUGUGUAUUAUUUGCGCUACGCAAGCCUUUGUAAUAAUAUCUCUUCGUAAAAACAAGAUUCAGAAUUCUUAUAGGCAUAAAAGAAGUCUUCGUAAAGAGGUUCGGGUAGCCAAGACAGUGAUUGUCAUGAUUGUGUUAUUUGUCAUUGGAUGGCUCCCCUUCUUUACACUCUCCUUAAUUAGUUACAUCAGAUCACAGUUUCAGCCAUCACUGCAGGCCAUCUUUGCUGUUAAAUUUCUCCAAUAUAGUAACUCUGCAGUUAACCCUGUGCUAUACGCUCAAAAGUUCCCGCACUUUCGCAAGGUGUUUACAGCUCUACUGUGUCCGUGCAGAAAAGCAGGUAACAAGGCUAGAAACAUCGGGGAAAGUUUUAGAACGACCUUUUCUACCCUGAACCCUCACUCAGUUAGGAAGCGAAGUACUAAAGCAUAUCGGAAUAGAAACCUGUUGCAGCCUGUGGUUUCUCAAGCUAGCAGCUCUAAUCCUGAAUCUUUGGACGUCGGUCCACAGAAUGUCAGUGAAGAAAUCCGACUGAAUGGGAACAGUUCUUCUUGUAGUUCUUGA